UAAUUAUAGAAGCAGAAAAAUAAUAUUACGGCCCAAAACAAGAGCCCAAAAAUGAAGUCCAAACAAGGCACUACAUCUAUAAGUAUAUAAGAGCAGAGUGCAAAACCCUAACCCUCCUCUGCGAAAAUCAAAUUCCCAAAUUUCAUCUCAUCUCAUCCCGGCGGCGAAAAUGAAGUACAACCCACGCGUGUCGUCCUCCCGCCGCAAGAGCCGGAAGGCCCACUUCACGGCGCCGUCGAGCGUGCGGCGCGUGCUGAUGAGCGCGCCCCUCUCUGGCGACCUCCGGUCCAAGUACAACGCGCGAUCGAUGCCGGUGCGCAAGGACGACGAGGUGCAGGUGGUCCGCGGCACCUACAAGGGGCGCGAGGGCAAGGUCGUCCAGGUCUACCGCAAGAAAUGGGUGAUCCACAUCGAGCGCAUCACCCGCGAGAAGGUGAACGGCUCCACCGUCAACGUCGGCAUUCACCCCUCCAAGGUCGUCAUCACCAAGCUCCGCCUCGACAAGGACCGCAAGUCGCUCCUUGACCGCAAGGCAAAGGGCCGCGCCGCCGCCGACAAGGACAAGGGAACCAAGUUCACGGCCGAGGAUAUCAUGCAGACCAUCGAUUGAUAGGUUUCCAUUUUAUUUAAGCUUUUUGUUUAUUGUUGUUUUUUGGGGCAACUAUGCUAUACUUUUAUGGAUGGUUAAAUGAUUUUGUUUUUUGUUGUUUUAAUGCAAGGCUCAUAGUUACGCACCUUUA